AUGCUUCGCAGUAUCGUCGUCGCGAUACUGCUCCUCAGCACCGUCUGCUUGGAGCACGUGGUGCAGGCACGCCCCGUGUUGGAGGUGGGAGUCGAUCGCGCCAUCACGUUCAACCGCCAGCUGGGCAACGGGGAAGAGUUCCUCUUCGGCAGCCGUGCGGUGCUGCUGCGCGGCGAGAUAAUGCGGUACACGGCCGGGGUGUCUUCGUCCUACCACGGCUACACAGUAUACGUGCAGUGCUCCGAGCACCUCACCAACUUCGCCUUGCAGCAGCUCGCCGCGCCCGAGGUGUCAAAGGGGGCGAAGGGCCUCGUCGUGGAGCUGUGCGACACGGACACGACGAACGAGGACGUGCUUUCGCUCUUCUUUAGCAACACCGCCGUCAACAUCCCUGUUUACUUUCUGCCCAAAGGUGAGGCCUCAAGGGAGCUGUCCCGGCUGCUGUCCGUCGCGGCGCAGCGCAGUGCGACAGAUCGGGUGGUGCUAUCCGUGACCAAGACGCAGCGGCUGAGCAAGCUGGUGGAGAACUCGACGCUGCCCAGUGCCGCUAUUGAGAGUCAUUACGUGCACAAGCCGAAGCAGACGCGCAGUAAGGCCGUCUCCGCUGCCGCCGCCCCCCAGGUCCUGGUCACGGCACACUUUGAUUCCCUUGGCGUGUCCCCUGCGAGCCGGACGAGCGGCGGCAUCUCUGGUGCUGUGGUCGCGAUGGAGCUGUGGCGUCGGCUGACGUCCACACCUUAUGCUCGGCAGGAGUCUGUGGCUCCGUACGGGGUCACCGUGCUUCUCGGCAGCACGUCUCGCCUCAACUACGCUGGAACGACAUCGUGGAUAUCGCAGCACACAGAUAGGGAGCUCGAUCAGUUUAGGGUGGUUCUCUGCCUCGAUGAGCUGCUGUCGCCUUUUGAGACGACCGAGGACGCGCCGGACCUUUAUCUGCAUGUCCAGGACGUUCUCAUGAAGCGGCAGCAUGGCCGGCAGGUCGUGGAGCAGGUCGAGGCAGCGGCAAGGUUACUCGGCAUUUCGCUGAAGGUCGUGUCUGCCAAGACGAACUACCAGCACUACGACCUUGAAUUUGAACAUGAGGCGUUUGCCAGCCGUCAGAUGACCGCCAUGACACUUUCUGCCCACCGCGCCCACCACACCGACCAGCUUUUCCGUGAUCUGCGCCGCCCCCCGGCCACAGCUGCGAAUGCAGCAGUGCUCGCGAAGCGCGCGGACUUGGUUGAAGCCAUUGUGCGCAUCAUCGCCGAGGCGGCUCCGUCCGCGGAGGGGGUGACGACGGUGUGGCCUGGCGCGGCCUCGUACAUUCAGGGGAUGCUGCAUUACGCGAGUGACUCACAGCGCUCGCCGGUGGCGCAAAACGGUGCCGGGCUGCGGCAGUACGCCGCUACCGUGGAGCAUCACAUGCGUGCGCAGGCGGCAGCGGCGCAGCGGGCCACGCUCACCUCCGCAUCCUCCGUCGCGACGUACCAGGAACUGCGUACGCCCGGCAUCACGCUAUUUGGCCCCUACGAGGACACGAUGCAGGUGUUUGUGGCCAAGUCGUAUCUCGUCGAGUGUGCCGUGGCGGCGGCGGCGCUCGCGGCGCUUGUUGCCUUUCUGCACGUAGAGGUGGGGCUGACGACAGCUCUGCGCCUCUUCUCUGAGUAG